AUCAAGGAGGGUUUAGCUCCUCAGCUCUCACCCUGGGGGGUGCGGGUGGAGAGGUUUUGUUUUGGAAAUUAAACUGCUAGCUAACAAACACGCAUACAAAUAUGCUCACAUUCACAUUCACAUUCACGCACGCACAGAGAGAGAGAGAGCGAUCUGUUCUGAGUGAAGACAGUCGGGUGUUUGUAGACGGGUGGGGUGUGGGGGACUGUCAGUGUCGGCCUCAGCAAUGAGAUCUUGCCAUGGCGUGUUCAAACAGCCACCAAAGAAAGAGCAAACUGUCCUAACUCUUUAGUGUGCUCGAUCGCCUCGAUGGCAUAUCGUUCAAUGUGAUCUCAUCAUCUUUUCACCCACCCGACAGUUUACAGCCGUCAGUCAGUGAGCGGCGCAAGCGUUGUGCGGGUGGGCGGAACGGGGUGUGAAAGGGGAAAGAGGGACGAAGAGACUUGUUUUGCUUCUCACCUUCGCUGUCUGUGCACACCUGCUCGCUUGUCGCAUGCACUGAAAGCUUUUCUUUGAAGUGACUCAGUGAUCUCCGGGUGUCGUCUGAACUACUGAAGGUAGUGAAGACACUCGGGCCGUCAGUCAUCUGUCACAAACACCGCCAUACUCUGCACACUGUCUUCACCGACACUCGACAACAUCCAGCGAAAGCUUCGAGUUUUUAACAUUCAGGUCACAAAGUUGAGGAGAAGGGAGUUGUCCAGUUUGCCAGACGAGACGAAUGUUGGAAAUGAAGGCACAGACCUGUACCUGUACCUACCUGUACCGCACGGAACUGAAGGUGUAACUAUGACGCAUUUAUCUAACAUGAAGGACACCCUGAAGGUGUAACUAUAAUUCCAGGGCCAUGAUGAGGGCUAUUAUGUAGGCUAACUACGAGACAUUAUGGUGGACUCAUUAAAGUGUAACCACUCAGAACGCUGCUGGCGACAUUUCCAGACCCAAACUUUAGUGAAACCAUAACACUGGUGGUAAUGCAAACACAUCCACUAGACAUGUCUUAGGCGAGAGAAUUAAGGUAUUAGUCAAGACAGAGAACUGGAUUAUAAUAUAGAACUCUCUGCACCUGAUACUCAGAACUACGCUGAAGGUCCAACCCUGUAAGUACUAGGUGAUACGCUUAUGAACGGAGAGGAAUGCUGCCGAUACACAAAACCUUACUUAAGGCAAAUGAAGACUUUCUUUUGGACGAAGUGCCUGCCAGGACAUUACUUAGAGUCCUGAGCCAGGAACAGCUGCUGACCUCAGCUGACCUGCGGCAGCUGUUCAAUCUGGAGCUGCAGGGAUCCCGCGCUGUGACCCGCUACCUUCUGUACGUGCUGCCCUCUCGCGGACCCCUGGCGUUCCCCACCUUCCUACGAGCUCUGCAGACAGUCAAUGCUCAGCACCUGGUGGACCUCCUUCUGGAAGAGGAGAAGCUUUUACUACAAACUUACUGGCAGGUACCGCCCCUGACAGAGCCCCACAAGCAGAAAGAGGAUGAAGAGCAUGACCCACAUGAAUACGCCCGCCGCCUCAAGACCAACAUGAUGCAAAUCCGUCAAGCUGUCAACCCAGUCGUGUUGUUGCCAGACUUGCUGCAGGCCGGGGUGCUGUCCAAGUGGGAAGGUCACCUGCUGCGGCAGUCGCAAGGUCAGCCAGACAACGCCUGGACCGUGGUCAUGGCAGCUGUUCUCCAAAGAGGACAGACUGCUUAUAAGGCAUUUGGGGCUGCCCUCUUACAGCAUGGCUAUGGCACUGUCUUUGACACUAUCCAGGGGACACAGGUGUCAGCUACCCAGCAGACUAAUGCCAGUUCUUCAGCAACAUCAGCAGGUAUGAUGGGAGUAAUGGAUGGUUGUGAAGACUUCUUGGAUCCUUCAUAUGUUGCCAGGGGCUACACAGCACCUAUUGAUGCCACCUCACAUCACAAACCUGACGCCAUCUUUGUUGAUGACAGUCCAUCAGUCGGUACUUCAGACAGGCUGAUGCCCUCUACAGCUGGUCUGACUUCAGCUUGUAUCGACAACAACAUACAGCUGGACGACAAGGGUGAGACAUUGCCAUGUGUUGAUGAGAGAGAGAAAGUCUCCACACUCAGACAAGAUAAGCCUCAGUCCAGAGACGCCAGCCAAGACAUCAGCAGCAACCAGAACAUUCUACAGUAACUUCUUGGUCAUGUACCAAGGUGACCUCUGCAUCACGUGCCGGUUGUAACCUCAUCUAGUCGAGGUCAAGUCCAUUUUGUCAUACUACCUGAAGACAAUCUAAUAAAGAUCGUGAUUGUAUGUAGUUUAUGUGAUGGGAGUUUGUUCUAACUUUAAGCGUACUCGCUCACUCGCGGUAUGUAAAAAAAUCAUUCAGUUUUACGCUGAAUAUGUUUCACUGGGGAAUGAGUGUAAUUUAAGCUCCAUAAAUUGUGCAUUAAAUUAUCAUAGGAAAUAUGGGAUAAAAGGAGGAGGUGCAGUUCUUCUACUACCUGGGCGCGACCAUUUCAAAGGACAGAAGCUGCACGGUAGACGUGCAUCUCAGGUGCUUUGGUCCCCCUGGAAAUCUUGCACGCGCAAACAUUGAAAACAUUGCAGCGUGAGAAAAGCCCUUAAGUAAACUAAAGUUCUGUCCACCCUGAGUACGAGAGAAGUAGGUGCUUUGGUCCCGCUGAAAAGCGGCUGACGUCACUCAACCCCCUCUUUCCCUAAUCCAAGGAGUUAGGUGCUAGGUUUUAGUAGACUAGAUAGAGGGUUAGAAUAGAUAUACAUGUAGUAGAUGUAUGUGUAAAUAAUGUAAAUAAAUCUGUCUUUGAAAUUAU